ACUUGAAAAACAUGUGGCAACAUCCGGAGGUACGAAAACAGCUGUUGACUCGCUUUCUAUUAACAUUCAGCAUAUCGUGGGAAAAUUAAAAUAAUAUCAAACAUUUGAUACUUUAGUAGAUAAACUAUAAUCCACUGUUAUAAAUAUAUAAGAUUUCAAUAUGCCAAAAGUUCGUAGAAGUCGAAAGCCUCCUCCAGAUGGCUGGGAGUUGAUCGAACCGACGCUGGAAGAAUUGGAACAAAAAAUGCGUGAAGCUGAGACGGAACCACAUGAGGGAAAACGUAUUACAGAAUCAUUAUGGCCCAUCUUCAAAAUACAUCAUCAAAAGUCUCGCUACAUCUACGAUUUGUUUUAUAGGCGUAAAGCUAUAAGCCGUGAACUCUACGAUUAUUGUUUAAAAGAGAAAAUCGCAGAUGCAAAUUUAAUUGCAAAAUGGAAAAAAUCAGGCUACGAAAAUCUAUGCUGUCUGCGUUGCAUACAAACUCGUGAUACAAACUUCGGCACGAAUUGCAUAUGCCGUGUACCAAAAUCGAAAUUAGAAGAAGGACGAAUUGUGGAAUGUGUGCAUUGUGGUUGCCGUGGAUGUUCGGGCUAGUAUGAAAGUUUAAAAAUAUUACGAAGAUUUUUAGUAAAUAGUGCAUAACAUAAAGAGGAAUGUGUAAAACGAAAAUAAUGCAAAAUAUUAAUAAAUAAAUGACUUAUUUUUGAACAAAUUA